GAAAGCAGGUGAUUUAGCCCUGGGACACAAUCCGUCAUCCGGGCUGCUGUCUUACUGUGUACCUGCAGAAUCUGACUGUGUGGACUGGAGGUAAACCGGGAGUGAUGGGAGCCAACUGGGUCUCACAGAGAACAACUACAGCUCUAAUUGUUACUCUUCUGCAGAUCCGAGCUCUGAUCAGCGUCAAAACUACAGCUGUUACUGGAGUAGAGGGCCAAACAUUUGACUUCAGAUGUGAAUAUCCGAGCAGCCGGCAGAGCUAUGCCAAGUACUUCUGCCGUGUUGAUGAUAAAGAUUCCCAAAGUCACCUGAUACGGACAGAAAGACACGACCAAUGGGAAAGAGAAGGUCGAUUCUCUCUGUACGACAACACCUCUGGAGCAUUUUUCAUCGUCAGGGUGGAUGAACUCACCUUAAAGGACACUGGAACGUACUGGUGCGGGGUGGAUAUCAGCUAUCUUCCUGAUCAUAUCAGCGUCAUACAGCUGAAUGUUACCAGAAAUCAUCAUCUAUACACAUUUCAUCCAGCUAAUAUAACACCGGCCAAUCCAAUGAACCAAGCAGUGGACAAGGUUCACCUGCCGCUGUUCCUGACUGCAGUGAUGUGUGUGGCAGCGAUGCCGUUUGUGUGUCUGUUUACAUUCUGUCUUCAGCUGGCUGUGAAAAACAGAAGGUCAAGACACCGCCAGAACAGAGAGAUGUCAUCUGAGUACGAGACGAUGAUGCCCGGCGUCAGAACUGAACCCGAGUUUCGCUGCAGCUGUUCAGCUCCAGACCCUCCUGAUCUUUCAGCUUUACCUCAACCACCGAGUGACUUCUGCCCUCAUCUAAUGUCAAAGCAUCGCGAGUCCGACAUCACUCUAGACCUCGGCGAUUACGUCGAUGUGGAUGUUCCAGGGCACAUGUGCCAGUACCAACAUCUGGAUCUCAGCCGGUUGGAGGAGCACGUCUAUCACUGCCUUCAUGGAAACAACGGUCCUAAACAUGGACCUGUGAAAGAGCAGAUUCCCUGUUAUUGUAACUAUUGAAGGAUAAUUUUAGAGUUAGUCACAACUUAGAUACUAUUUUGUAGUCGCAGUAUUAAUAUUAAUAGAAAUGAUAGCCACAUUUACAACAAUAGGAUCCAAGUUUUAACAAACCAGGAUUAUUCUUUACUAUGUGUGGAUGAUGAAAGAGUUGAGACAUUUAAAUGAUUUGGAUCUUUAGCAAGUAAAGUUAAUAUAGUGCAAAUUUACUGCAAUGCUUUGUUAUUUUUAGAGAAAUACAUGACAUUUUGAAUGGCGCUAAGAAAAGCCUAUACUAUAGUUUGAGGAGGAAUGGCAACACAAGCUGUCAGAUUGACCGAAAUCCAGCAAGUUUUGAUGCUUUAACUAAUGUCCCUUUGCUUUGCAAUAUAUUUCGCCAAAUAAAAGAAAAGUGGAGGUUG